CUGAUUGGUAUCAGUCCUGUUUCGGCGCGGUUUGGCUGAUUGUGCUCCUACUGAUGACGUAACAGAAAUACUCUAUCUUGUUUGGCUGUAAUCGUCUGACGCGUAAUUUCACUAAAAUGCCGAUUGGUCAAUGGCAGUAGCUUAAACUGAGAAACGUAAUUUCGUUCCUGGGAAAAGAAGAAAACAAAAACAGUUAGACUGGACUAAGUUUUCAACCAAGAUUGUAUUUCUUUUCGAACUUUAUUAGAAAACACGUUUUUUUUAUCUGACACCAGGCGGACAUUUAUCACCUCAACAGAUCUCUUUUUCGAAGAUGAACUCUAAUGUCGAGAAUUUGCCCCCUCAUGUUCUGCGUUUGGUCUACAAAGAGGUUUCCGCUUUAGCAGCAGACCCACCUGAGGGCAUCAAGAUUUAUCCCAGUGAAGAAGACAUAACUGAACUCCACACGUCCAUUGAAGGACCAGAGGGAACUCCGUUUGCUGGUGGCAUUUUCCGAAUGCGUCUGGUCCUCGGGAAGGACUUCCCUGCUGUUCCGCCCAAGGGGUAUUUCCUGACCAAGAUUUUUCACCCCAACGUGGGUCACAAGGGAGAGAUCUGUGUCAACGUGCUGAAGAGGGACUGGAAAGCAGAACUUGGCCUCAGACAUGUCUUACUUACCAUCAAGUGUCUUCUCAUCCAUCCGAACCCCGAAUCUGCUCUGAACGAAGAAGCGGGGCGCUUGCUUUUGGAGGAUUACGCGGAAUACGAGUCUCGAGCCCGUCUCCUGACAGAAAUCCACGCUCUGGGUGCGUCCGGAGCGCCUCAGGACCCUAACGACGGCCCACAGCCGAAGAAACACGCUGGCGACCCCACAAAGAGAGCGGGCGACCCCACAAAGAGAGCGGGCCCCAGCGCAGCGGCGGUACCGGCAGCUCUGGGUAAUGGAGCUAAUGGGGCCAGUACCACCAGCAGCAAUAGUAGUAGCAUAAAUAAUGUAGCAGGAAAAAAGAAAGCGGAUAAAAAGCGGGCGCUGAGGCGACUUUAAUACCUCCACGUGAAAGUGGUGUGAGAGUGUGAGUGUAAAUAUAUAAAUUUGUUCCCUUUUCUGACUAUUUUCCACUCGAGUCCAGAGUUUGUAACCGUUUUGUUUUGUUUGAACUCGUCUCUUUGCCCUACAGGCUCGUCACUUAUGUCCAUACCCGAAGACACGAGAAUGAAAUGCUCUACUUUAAAAAAUCCUGCCGUCGUGUUCCGUCGGCGUAAUUGGAUGAAAUGACACCGCUUUCACUCUUGUCCCCUAAAGGACAGAAGUCCUCGUCUUAAACUCUCUAGUCUGUUUGUCUGAAGUGUUUCUUGCUGCUGUGAUGGUACCGUGUACCGCGCAGCCUGCCUUGCUCUUGGCUCUCAACCAGGAUAAAUCCACUUGAAAGGAUUUUAUGUUCAACAUCGCUAAACGAGAUCAGGUCCCAAAGGGUUAAAAAGGCAUUUUGCUGUUGUUCAAAACAAGUGACAACUUUUUGUAAAGUGUAUUUUUUAACGUUUUGAUUUGAUGUAGUAAAGGUUUGGAAAAAGUUAACGGCGGAUUUUUUUCCCUGUCCGGUCUUUCUCCACCUGCUCGUGAUCAGCCGGCGGGAGGGAGCUGCAGGUUCUUCAUCUUAAACAGCCGAGCAUAACCAUGUGUGGUUUGUGUCUACUACCUCUGCUUCCUACAGGCAGGGCGAGCUCUCCAACAGCCACGUCGUGGAGAAAGCAUCCAUGUUUGCUUAGAUUUGUCUCCAGCCAUCACACACAGGCAGGGUUUCUCGGGCACACUUCCUCUGAGUGCAUGCAGAGCCUAAACGGAGGAAAAAUGGUGCCUCUUGAAACUCGUUAUGAAUGGAAAUUUGUCCAUUUUUAAAAUUUAUUUAAAUUAAUAAAACCUUGAAAUACCAGAAGUGA